AUGUCCCAUAUAGGAGAAUCUUCGCAACCCAAGCACCAGCAAGAGGAGUUUGUCGAGUCCAUCGAGCAUGAGGAACGACCUCAUCACACAACCCAGGAUGCACCACAGGUGAAAAAGGGUCAACAGGAUCAAGCGCUGCAGUUGAUCGAGGAGGUAGGAUACUCGACUAUCCUGACCCCGGAGAACAACAAGCAUGUCCUUAGGAAGAUUGAUCUUCGUCUACUUCCUAUUAUGCUAGUCAUCUACUUCCUCCAGCAGCUUGACAAGUCAACUCUUUCUUACGCAUCAGUUUUUGGACUCAAGGAGAAUGCUCACCUCCAUGGGCAGCAGUACUCCUGGCUGGGUGCGGUCGUCUAUGUGGCUCAGUUGGUGUUCCAGCCCCUGGUUUCAUAUCUCUUGGUAAAAGUCCCAAUGGGCAAAUUUCUGGCGGCGUCGACUCUUUGCUGGGGUAUUGCAUUGUCUUGUAUGGCUGCUGCCAACACCUUCGCUACUUUGAUGGUCUGCCGGCUGUUGCUUGGUGUCUUUGAGGCUGGUCUUGCUCCGGCUUUUAUUGCAGUGACCCAGAUGUGGUAUCGACGACGUGAGCAGCCUGUUAGAUUGGGCUCGUGGUAUGCAAUGAAUGGUGUGGUCAACAUGGUUGGAAGCUUGAUCACGUAUGGGCUGGGACACAUCAAUUCUUCAGUCUUUGCUCCUUACCAGGUCAUUUUUCUCUUCUUUGGCUUGAUUACAGUUGCAUUUUCGUCGGUUGUGUUCUUCUUCAUGCCCGACUCUCCUGUCAAGGCCAAAUUCUUGUCCGAAGACGAUAAAAUGGUGGCUGUUGAAAGAUUGCGAAUGAAUCAACAAGGUAUUGAAAGCCACGAAUGGAAAUGGGAGCAUGUCAAGGAGGCAUGCUUGGAUCUCAAGUCCUGGUUCUGGUUUUCCCUGAUGGUCUCUAUCUCAAUCCCGAGCGGUGGAAUCACCACAUUUGGUCCCUUGAUCAUCGAAUCAUUUGGCUUCGACAGCCUUAACACGAUCCUUCUCAAUGUCCCGUUUGGGGCAGUCCAACUUAUCGCUACAAUGGGAGGUGCUUGGCUGGCUACAGCAUGGAGAAAGAAAGGUCCCGUGCUCGCGCUAUUGUGCCUUCCCCCAAUUGCGGGCUGUGUCAUGCUGUUGAAGAUUCCCCACGAUGAUGCUCAUAAAGGUCCUCUUCUUGUGGGUUACUACAUCAUCUCCGUCUACCCAGGAAUCACGCCCUUGAUCUACUCUUGGUCGGCGGCCAACACUGCUGGAGAGACAAAGAAGAAGGUUACGACUGGUAUUCUUCUUGUUGGACAAUGUGUAGGCAACAUCAUUGGACCAAAUCUUUACACCACUGAAGAAGCCCCGCUGUACCACCGUGGACUUCUUUCAAACCUCUCUCUGUUCUGCGUUCUGUGGUUUCUCAUUAUGAUGAAUAUGGCCUACUUGUCCUUCCUCAAUAAGAAGCACGAGAAGAAGCGCGUUGCUCUUGGAAAAGAUGCAAAGAUUGUUGAUCACUCCAUGUUUGCGGUUGGGACUGUACCAAUCGACAAGGAUGGCAUGCCGGUCCAACAGGUCGCUAAUGACAACGCCUUCAAAGAUCUGACGGACUGGCAGAACGAGGACUUCGUUUAUGUCUAUUAG